AUGGAGAAAAAAGUGGAUUCAAAGCUGUUCUUAAUAGAUGGUAGAGGAUCUCUUAUAAAUGAACCUACACAUGGAAAAGAAUUGUAUGGGCCACAUCGCGAAGAUGAGCUAUCUGAGGCAUGGAGGUGGCAGUUCGUUCGAAGCAGAAUUCGAAGGCAGGAAACCUCUGGUUCUCCAUCUGCUGACGGGGCCGAUUUAGUGCGGAUGGCGGGAGACCACAUAGGUGCAGACCUCCCGAUGGAAGAGAGGGACAUGGUAGGAGAACACACAGACGCCGAACCGAAUGAAGGAAGAGGGCCUUCUGGGCCACAGUACGGAGGUGAACCAUUUACAUUUGGGAGUGAGCACCCACUCGGUCCAAGAUCUGACGAAAGGCGAGCCCCUGGUCCUCCUCCUGAUGAUGGUUUCUGA